CGGCUCCAAACCCCGUCAUUGGAUCCAUGACGAUCGUCACCGCUCGAUCGUCAUCGGCCUCCAAGCAGUCCAUCCGAGACCUGCUACACUUUCUCCCUCACGGUUCUCUGUCGAUUCAAUAUUUUGUUGCUUUUCUCGUUCUAUAUCCAUUAGCGAAGGCGUUCACCAGGAGCUUAUUGGGAUGAUUUCUCUUCUUUAACCGGGGUUGACUAUAUUUCUCAUCAAAGAAAAGUCGUUCAUCUCGGAAAAUUCUAUUUGCGGCAUUGGAGAAAGAUGAAAACAAGAGGAUACCUAUGAGCUCCCACCGCCGCCUCCACCCGUCUCCGCCACCGUCGUUACCGCGCGAGUACUGCAAGGGAGCGCGGCACGUCGACAGGUCCCGCUACGAUGCCCUCCUGCUGGAGAGUUCUUUCAGCCCCUGCUUUGUCCACUUCGAAUGCCCAUUAAUUGUCUGUCUCGCUUAUUUCCUAUGGGGUUUUGUCAUUACUGUUGACGAUGAUGCGGCGGCUGUUUUGUGCGAUCUGCUCUUGCUUGAUUUUGAGUUUGGCUUUUGCUCUUUUCAAUUCUUACCAUUCGCCAUUCAGCUGAACUUGGGUGAUAUUGCACACGAGAGAGGGCCCUCUGCUGGCGGAAGUGCCACAUCCUCUGUGUCAUUGUCGGGUGAGGCUCGGUGUCCCAUGGCGUCUGAUUCAUGAGGCUAAGAGCUCCGUGGGCGAAUAUUUUGCUCGGUUUAAGUGUGCAUGCGGUGGCUCUUAGCCA